AUGGCUCAGCCGUCGCUGCUCCUCGGCUCUCCGGCAUCGAUUGUCCUCCUUAUCACCUUCUUCCAAGGACCGGUAGUGAGCGCCAUCACGUUCACCUUCGCCAACCGGUGCACGGACACGGUGUGGCCCGGGUUGCUCUCGGGCUCCACCUCGCCGCCGCUGGAGACCACCGGCUUCGCGCUCUCGCCGGGCCAGUCGCGCUCAAUCUACGGGCCGACCGGGUGGUCGGGCCGCUUCUGGGCGCGCUCUGGCUGUAAUUUCAACGGCGGCAAGGGCACCUGCGUCACGGGGGACUGCGGCUCCGGCGAGAUAGAGUGCCGCGGCGCCGGGGCCACCCCGCCCGCCACGCUCGCGGAGUUCACCCUCGACGGCGACGGCGGGAAGGACUUCUAUGACGUCAGCCUCGUCGACGGCUACAACUUGCCCAUGCUCGUGCAGCCGUCCGUGCCUGGGUGCCCCGACACCGGGUGCCUCGUCGACCUCAACGAGCGCUGCCCCUCCGAGCUCCGCUCCGGCGGCGGCCUCGCCUGCCGCAGCGCCUGCGAGGCCUUCGGCAAGCCCGAGUUCUGCUGCAACGGCGCCUACGGGAACCCUGACACGUGCCACCCCUCCCAGUACUCGCAGCUCUUCAAGUCGGCGUGCCCCAAGUCCUACAGCUACGCCUACGACGACGCCACCUCCACCUUCACCUGCAACCACACCGAUUACACCAUUACCUUCUGCCCGCAGUCCAAUCCUUACAGUGGCAAACCGAACAAGCACGCAUUGCGGAGGCCGAGCCAUGAGCAGCUUGAGGACGACGUGUGGCUGGCAUCUUUGAAGAAAACCAGCGGCGCCGGUGGAAGCAGCAUGGCAUCAUGGUCGGCGUCCGGAGGUUUCCAAGCCGCCCUGGCAAUUGCUGUGGCCGUCGUGCUUGCCGCGGCACAGGGGGGUCAUCCCCGUUUCAGCUUGUUAUGA